AUGCUAGAAGAAGGGGUCAUGUGUGCAAGCAGCCCCUAUGCUGUGUUCUUCCGCAGGUCCCUGUGCCCGGCCCAGCCUGUGUUCACCCAGGAGGCUCUCGGCAAGUCCCAAGCCUCUAGUGGGCCUCUAGUGGCUGAGCUCUGGAUGCGACAGAAGAGUCCCCGAAGACUCUUCAUCCCCAGUCCUUCAGUCUCCCUUGGAGCCUCCCAUUGGCUGGUCAACAAUCAGAGGGCAAGGAACCUGGGUGAUGUAGUCCUUACAGCUGCCCCCUGCCAGAAGGGGAGUCAGGCUGAGGCCACCCCGGCUGCAAACCUCUCCUUCUCUGCCUACGACGGACACUCCUCACCAGUGGCGGCCGCCUGGCCAUCAGCCACCUGGCUGCAUGCCGACCGCCCUGUGGACAGCCUCAUCACUGUAAUUUAUUUUGCAGAAAAUGAAAAGGGACAAUAUAUAUCUCCAUUUCAUGAUAUUCCAAUUUAUGCAGAUAAGGAUGUGUUCAACAUGGUAGUUGAAGUACCACGCUGGUCUAAUGCAAAAAUGGAGAUUGCUACAAAGGACCCUUUAAACCCAAUUAAACAAGAUGUGAAAAAAGGGAAACUCCGUUAUGUUGCAAAUGUGUUCCCUUAUAAAGGAUAUAUCUGGAACUAUGGCGCCAUCCCUCAGACUUGGGAAGACCCUGGACACAAUGACAAACACACUGGUUGUUGUGGCGACAAUGACCCAAUUGAUGUCUGUGAAAUUGGAAGCAAGAUUAGUUCUGUAUUAGAUAUUAAUGAUGUCAAGCGGCUGAAACCUGGCUACCUGGAAGCUACUGUGGACUGGUUCAGAAGGUACAAGGUUCCUGAUGGAAAACCAGAGAACCAGUUUUCUUUCAAUGCGGAAUUUAAAGAUAAGGAUUUUGCAACUGCCAUUAUUAAAAGCACUCAUGACUAUUGGAGAGCAUUAGUGACAAAGAAAACUGAUGGACAANUAUUUAAUAGCAUGAAUACCACAGUGUCUGAGAGCCCCUUCAAGUGUGAUCCCGAUGCUGCCAAAGCCAUUGUGGAUGCUUUACCACCACCAUGUGAAUCUGCCUGCACAAUACCUGCAGAUGUGGAUAAAUGGUUCCAUCACCAGAAAAACUAAGGAAAUUUCUCUGGAAUACAAGCUGAUAUUACUGCAUCAUACUCAUCUGGAAGUAUUAGAUGCAAAAGUAGUGGCUUUUCUAAGCUUUAAAUUUAUAGAACUAAUCUAACUAACAAAGGAAAUUCUGCUGUGACCAAUCCAAUAUAUUUAGUGUGUUAUCCAUAUGAAAGCAUUUUUCAUCUCAGCUAAGGUAACUUUUAGCACAUGCUUAAAUAUCAAAGCAGUUAUUGGAAUUUGGAAGUCAUUUGUGAAUAAAUGUGCGAGAUAUUGGAUGUAUAUGUUUACUAUGUGUUAGAAAAUAAAAUUAUUUUGCUGAAA